AAUUUUUUUCGCAUUGGCAAACUGGCGGUGACACGUGCCUCCUCCUACUCACCACCCUCAGGUUCUCCCGUGCUGCAGUGACAUCAUUAGCGGUCACGAAAGAACAGUGCCAGCCGCCGACUACAGAAAGUCCAUUGAUUUAGCAUUUUUACGCGCAGUCCGAAUAGAAACUCGUGUUUACUUGCGCGAGAGUUCCUAAAAAAGAGAGAGAAGGGCGAUAGCAUGAUGCAGUCAUCAAACGUCGACCUCUGAAGGUGACAUGCUCCACCGGAUUACCAAACGCACAUCGCACUUUCUCAACGAAAACGGAAGGUAACGCAUAAACCAAAAAAACCCGAAUAUUUCGCUUUGUUUCUUUGAGGUGCAGACAAAAAGCUUUGUCCGUAACUAAAAGUAUUCUAUAUAAAAUAUACGAAAGUGUCUGGGAAAUUGAUCUAGCGUUUACGAAGAAAACAUGGCUACAUUAAUUCGAAGCAAGAUUUCCAACGCAGCUUCGACGGUUACUAAUAAAUCUCAGGCGAAGGUCAGUGGUCUCUUCGCCAGAAUGGGCUUCCAGGCUGCCACGGAUGAAGAAGCACUGGGAUUCGCAGCCUGUGACGAUCUGGACUAUGACCACAGGCAAGGACUGCAGAUGGACAUUCUAAAAAAUGAGGAAAUAGGAGAAGCGGUCGGCGUCGAUAACAUGGGAGAUGGAAAUAUGGAAGGGGACAGUCACUACCAGAGAGAUGGCACAGGUCCUCCACCCUGUGUGGCAAAAGAUGGCGGUAUCUGUAGCGAAUUUGGCUCUACAGACAAGCCGAAAAUCACUGCUUGGGAGGCAGGAUGGAACGUCACUAAUGCUAUCCAGGGAAUGUUCGUACUUGGGUUACCAUACGCCAUUCUCCACGGUGGAUAUCUCGGACUUUUCCUUAUCAUUUUCGCUGCAGUUGUAUGCUGUUACACAGGGAAAAUCCUUAUCGCUUGCCUCUAUGAAGAAAACGAAGACGGACAACUGGUCAGAGUGAGAGACUCGUAUGUUGACAUUGCCAAUGCUUGCUGUGCACCCAGAUUUCCGGCAUUAGGAGGUCACGUCGUGAAUGUAGCCCAGAUAAUUGAGCUCGUCAUGACUUGCAUUUUAUACGUCGUAGUGAGUGGAAACCUAAUGUAUAACAGCUUUCCAAACCUCCCUGUCUCCCAGAGGUCAUGGGCCAUUAUCGCCACCGCCGCGCUACUGCCUUGCGCCUUCCUCAAAAACUUAAAAGCCGUUUCCAAGUUCAGCCUGCUCUGCACCCUCGCUCACUUCGUAAUCAACAUACUAGUGAUAGCCUACUGCCUGUCGAGAGCACGAGACUGGGCCUGGGAUAAGGUUAAGUUCUACAUCGACGUGAAGAAAUUCCCUAUAUCUAUUGGCAUCAUUGUCUUCAGCUAUACCUCGCAGAUCUUCUUGCCAUCCUUGGAGGGUAACAUGCAGAAACCUAGCGAGUUCCACUGCAUGAUGAACUGGACUCACAUUGCCGCAUGCAUUCUCAAAGGCCUGUUUGCUCUAGUGGCGUAUCUGACGUGGGCAGACGAAACCAAAGAAGUUAUUACAGACAACUUGCCAUCAGGAAUCAGAGCCGUUGUCAACAUCUUCCUGGUCGCUAAAGCCCUGUUGUCAUAUCCGCUGCCGUUUUUCGCUGCUGUUGAGGUAUUAGAAAAGACAUUUUUUCAGGAUGGGCGGCGCGGGUUUUUUCCAGAUUGCUACGGGGGUGACGGACGCCUUAAAUCAUGGGGUCUAACUUUGCGAUGUGGUCUUGUGGUGUUUACCAUGUUAAUGGCUAUAUACGUGCCGCACUUCGCAUUACUCAUGGGGUUAACGGGCAGCCUAACGGGCGCGGGGUUGUGCUUUCUCCUCCCUAGUCUAUUUCACCUCAAGCUGCUUUGGAGGAAGUUACUUUGGCACCAAGUCUUUUUCGAUGUCGCUAUAUUUGUUAUUGGAGGUAUAUGCAGUAUUUCUGGUUUCAUUCAUUCAAUGGAAGGUCUCAUUGAAGCGUUCAAAUACAACAUACAAGAUUAAUUGCGAGAAACAUCAUCGCACGUAGGAUGAUGUCUAAAAAGAGGAAAAGAGGCACCCAAAAUCUAAAUAACUUGUUAAAUUUCUUAAAUGUAAUGUCCUCAGUUUUCACUUAUUUUAAAGCGACAACAUCAAGCAAAACCAAUACACUUAUAAACAUGCAAGCCCCCAAAAUAUAUAAAAUACUAAAUAAAUAAAAUAUACACUGACAUUAUACUAUAAACUCAAAUAGCACCUAUAAACACACACGCGCUCACACGGUCAUGGGCCGGUCAUGGGCCGUGGACACGCACGCAAAGACACGAGAGAGAGAGAGAUCAUAAUAAACAUGCAUAUAUAUAUAUAUAUAUAUAUAUAUAUAUAUAUAUAUAUAUAUAUAUAUAUAUAUAUAUAUAUAUAUUCUUUAAGUCAGCCAUAAUUGUACAGAAUAUAUCGAAGAGAUAACUGUAUAUUUCACAACGCCCAGCAUUUUGAGCAAGAAAUAAAAUUUAUAUGUCUAGGUUUCUGGUUUCUGAUGCAUAAACUGCUCGACAUUCAUUUAAACAAUGUAAAUAAUAACAUUAUUAUUAUUAUUAUUAUUAUUAUUAUUAUUAUUAUUAUUAUUAUUAUAGAAACUAGAAAUAAUAAAAAAAAUAAUAUUUUAAAUGUUAUGGUAAAUAAAAUUCUCUCUAAAUAAAAUUUCUCUGGACAUGGUAAUAAUUAUAAUUAAUAAAGUAAGAUACGAAAAUAGGGCUGCGUACAUACAGGACUACUAUAGCUAUGCAUUCUAUAUGUAUGACGUUUAAUGCAGCAUUAAGUAUAUUUUGAGGAAUCGUAACAACAGUGUUCUUCCGCACCAGAAAACGUACACUCGGAUGUUACAGAACUUUGAUGCACAAAAUACACACGACAUAACUGCUUAUAUAGUCAUAGAAAGAAAGAAAGAAAGAAAGAAAGAAAGAAAGAAAGAAAGAAUAUUUAAUUUACCAAAAUUACCGGUGGGCGGUUCGAAUGCCACUUAACACAACAUCUAAUAUCGACUAGCCUAUAAUUUAAUUAUUGUUUUCCCUGUCGAUCGGACCGUGUGGUAUUUAGGCUAAUACUGACAUUUUCAAUGAUAUUGAAAAUAAUACUUGUACGAAUCUAUAUUAUAAAGAAUAGACUUUUCAUUUUGUCAGAUCUGAUGGUUUCUGUGAAAAUGUAAUAAACCGUAUGUGUACUGUUAUUGUGGUUCUUACCUUACGAAGAUGGAAUGUACUUCACAAAGUCGUUAUAAUAUAUCGUGAUCAAUAAAAAAAAUAAACACGAUAACAUAUUGUACAGCUGUGCUUGUCCUUCUAUAAAAGCAAAAAACAGAAAUUAUAUACAGAUACACGGUUACAAAUAUAAGCAAAACAUAAGCAAUUGACAUUAUUUAUUGUAAAAUGUUUACAUUUUUCUUUACAAUACUAUAUAUAUAUUUUUUACUAAACUUGUAUGACUAAGAGCUUAUUCUGUAUGAAUUCGCUGUGCGUUUCGAUGUGAGCAAUUGCUCUCAGUUCAUACUGCAGGAACCAUCCGUGCGUAUCGUUUCCGUUAGUGUUUGUGUCGGAGCUGCAAAUUGGAGGGUUCAAAAAAAAAUCUCCGGUUGGCAGUAAUGUUUCUGUAUGACUACUAUGAGCUACUUUAUACUACGUUGCAUGAACACACGUAUUAUAUUAUAUUAUAUUAUAUUAUAUUAUAUUAUAUUAUAUUAUAUUAUAUUAUAUUAUAUUAUAUUAUAUUUUAAAAAACUGUAUUAUAUAAAUGUAAACAUGCGUAUUUAGCCCAGUUAGUGAAGAGGAAUUAUCAAAUUCGCUUAAAUAGGUUUUUUUCUCCCACAUUUGUAAAAUGACGGGCCACAAUUGAAAUAAAGUGUACAGAGAAAAAAAUAAUACAAAAUAUAACAUAUAGACUAUUAUGGUAUUAUAUUCUCGUAUUAGCAGGGGCGCAGUGAGGUUUCACGGGCUGGUUAUUGAACUAUAAUAUAAUAUAAUAUAAUAUAAUAUAAUAUAAUAUAAUAUAAUAUAAUAUAAUAUAAUAUAAUAUAAUAUAAUAUAAUAUAAUAUAAUAUAAUAUAAUAUAAUAUAAUAUAAUAAUAUAAUUUGUGGUUCCAAGAGUCACCUUGUGACUAUAAGUUGACUGUUUCGUGCCAUCUAUCAGUUUUCCUUUUCCAUUUCCCUAUUCCCAAUAAAAGCCCAUUAACCUGAACCCUGAUAGGCCAACAACAGGGCUAAAUUACAGUCCCGUUAAGAUUUUUAAGAGCGCUAAAUCCGAGGUUGUUAUUCUGAGUGCCGUAUACCCCAAAUUCAAUGGCAGCAAGCGAAGACGUGCACAAUGAGUGUAUCCCAGACACAGUGUGUUGGUUUCAUUUAGAAUGGGGAUAAAAUAAAAUAAAAUAAAAUAAAAUAAAAUAAAAUAAAAUAAAAUAAAAUAAAAUAAGCAUAUAUCAUAUCAAUAAGAUAUAUCAUACUCCAUUACAAACGAUCAGAUAGCAAAAUUCUAAAAACAAUUUAUUAAUAAUAAAUUAUCAGAUAAUACAUUUAUACUGCAAAUGUAACAAAUCUUAUCAAUUUAUAAAGUGUUUUAGAAAAAAAGACGUGCAUGUACAUAAUUUAUUCAUAUACACAUAUACUUUCAAUUCAAUUUUCAAUUUUAUUUGUAUAGCGCUUUUAACAAUGAGCAUUGUAUCAAAGCAGCUUUACAGAACAUUAGGGGGAAAAAAACAUGUGUAAAAAGUCCUAGAUGUUAGACAAAAUCAUCCCUAGUGAGCAAGCCUGAGGCGACUGGUGCAAGGAAAAACUCCCUUAGAUGGUAUGAGGAAGAAACCUUGAGAGGAACCAGACUCAAAAGCGAAACCAUCCUCAUUAGGGUGACUCGAGAGAGUGUGAUUAUAAAUUAUUCUAACAACCGAACAGUGUGAUUAUGAACAAUGUCCUUUCUGCAGUCAUGUACAGUUAGUUGUGUGAUGCAGAUACAGCAUAUGCAGAAUGUUAUGUGUUAAUUAAGAGGUUGUUGUCGUCCUCAAAGUCCACAUAGGGUUGGUAGCGUUGCUUUGAAUACCCACGUCCACAGGAUCCUCGUAGGGUUGGCCUCUGUCUAACAUAUAACGCACGCUAAGCUUAACAGAAUCUUUGUAGUGUUCAAGAAUGUACUCUAAAUAUUGCGGUAAAUGGAGUGCGAAAUGCAUUGUUAUGAUACACGAAAGAAAGAAAGAAAGAAAGAAAGAAAGAAAGAAAGAAAGAAAGAAAGAAAGAAAGAAAGAAAGAAAAAGGAUAAAACCUUAAACAAUUGAAUACUAAAGCGACAUCUAGUGGGCACUGCUUAAUCUACAGAAAUCAAAGAGUUGGUUAUGUAUAAUUUUUUAUACAUAAUAUAUCAUUUUUUGUUACAAAUGUUGUUAAAUUAAUUUCAUUGCUUCAGUGUUUUCUUUCUUUCUUCAUUUUUGCACUGUCUCUGCAUGGGAGAGAAACUAAAAUACUAUUGUGUCUUAUAAGAUUAAAAGAAGAGUCUAAUCGUCA